GGUGAAAAUGGAAGGCAGCAAUCACGUCGGAGGGUUAGAAAAGCGACUCGGAAGCCCCCGAGAUGUCCUCCGGGCGGUUCUGCCCGAAUGGAGGAUGGACCAUGCGGAAUGGACAUCAGAAGUGCCUGAAUGGGAACAGCGCAAGAGGCUUCAACGGCACUGGGACGGUCAGUGGCCAGACUUUCUGAAGACACACCAGCCCUCUUGUUUGGGACUGAGGAACUCACUGCCACUGGAGCCCGAACCGUGGGAUGACACCAAAGCCUUCUUGGCCUCCUUCGAGCAAGUUGCAAAAGCCUGCCAGUGGUCCAGGGAAGAGUGGGUGGCCCGGCUCCUGCCGGCGCUGAGCGGAGAAGCCCAGCAGGCCUUUGGUACCCUGGAGGCCAGAGACAGGGAGGAUUAUGGGAAAGUGAAAGCGGCCAUCUUGCGCAGGGAAGCCAACCGCAUGGAAACCUUGCGCCAGCACUUCCGGCAGUUCCGCUCGCGGGAGGUGGAAGAUCCCCGCCGGAUUUACAGCCAGCUGCAAGAGCUUUGCUGCCGGUGGCUGAAGCCGGAGAAGCACUCAAAGGAGCAGAUCUUGGAGCUGCUGAUCCUGGAGCAGUUCCUGGCCAUCCUGCCGCCGGAGCUGCAGAGCUGGAUCAGGGCUGGCUGUCCUGAGAACUGCACCCAAGCCGCGGCCCUGGUGGACGAUUUCCUGCUGAGCCAACAAGGGGGCGAGACAGGGAUAUGGCAGGCUCCGCUGCGAGAGAGGCCUGUAAAUUCACUGGAGGCGCAAGAUGGUCCCUUGGGUUCCUCCCGGAGACAGAUCCAAGAUGAGACGGAUGAUGUGGAAAUUAUUUCAAUGGAUAUGGGAAUGGCAGUUCCAAAGAUCUGUGGCCCAACACUUCCUGCCAAAAGACAAGAAAUGGCUGGUGCUGGCCCGAUUGAGGGAGCUGUGAGUUCAAAAGCUGCGCCUGUCUUGGUGGAUGAGGUUCAGGAGACCGUCCUGGAUUUCUCUGAGAAGCCUCUGCGCUGGGAAGUCACUCAAGAGAAUUCUGGGGAGGUCAUCUCUUCAGGAGGCCUCUUGAUACCCAAACCUCAGAGCAUCUCCCUGCCGGAACAAGAGAAACCGAACAGUGUCCUGAGCUAUGAUGACAGCAUGGCUUUUUCAGGUGCUGUGGAGCCAAACACGGGCAGUAUGAAUUCGGAGCAGGAAAAGAUUGAGCCGGUGAAAAUCCGCAGUCAGCUUCCUGGAAUACAACAGGAUGGGCUUUAUUGGGCUUCGAUUUGCCAGCAAAUCUAUGACUCCGAGGGGCGGCGAGGAACAGAGCCAAAAGAGACCCCAGCCAAGUCCAUGAAGCCAGCACAGUGCCCCAGGAACGUGGGAGAAGCCACGACAUACCCACGAGUGGAAACAGACAGAAGGAUUCACGAGUAUGAAUCUGGAGUGUUUCAGAGUCCGAGGCGCCGCUUGGAAGAGAACCUUCCCAGCGGCUCAGAGCGGGCGCGGCAGUUUCUGCAACCCCCCCGGCAGCAAAUGCUAAAAAACACAGACCUGAAAUUGUUCGAAUGUGCCGAGUGCGGGAAAAGUUUCCGCCUCAAGGCAAAGCUAGUCAGGCACCAGCGGAUUCACACCGGGGAGAGACCUUACGAGUGCCUCGACUGCGGGAAGACCUUCUGCCGGAGCGACGGCUUGCUUUCCCAUCAGCGAUCGCACACGGGGGAGAAGCCCUACAAGUGCAUGGAGUGCGGGAAGGGCUUCCGGUGGAGGAACAAGUGGCUCGCACAUCAGAAGGUCCACACGGGAGGGAUGGACUGGGGACAAGUGGAAAUCCACAAGUACCAGGGGCAGCACGGCAUAGUGGUUACAGUGUCUGACUAGAAUCUGAGAGACCUAGGUUCGAAUCCCCACCCUGCCCUCUGCCAUGGAAUGACCUUAGGAUGACCUGAGGCCAGUCAUAUAGUCUCAACCUAGCCUACCUCACAGGAUUGUUGUGAAGGGAAAACAGAGGAGAGAAGAAUGACGUCAGCCACUUUGUGUCCCCAAUGAGGAGAAUAUAAGUGGCGUAAAUAAAUAGUACUGGGUGGGGAGGUCAGGGCCAAAGGAAGAAGGGGACAAUUUUGAGUGAACACGCAUGCACAUACACAGACUGUUCAUGCCACUUCAUGGUUUUCCUCCCACAUUCUCUUCCACACAUCUGCUGCAAUCAUACAGUCACUUACUUUCCCCAAACACCUUCCCAUUCUCCACCACGGAAGUCAUAUUCAGACAUUACAGACCAACUCCAGAUCCUUUGCACAGAGAACAGGCCUGUUUUAUUUGCAGGAUCAUGUAUUUCCUCCCACCUCAGUCCUCUUUUGUGCAGAGAGCCACAACUGGAGACUUUGCUAGACGAGGAACUUCCUAACCACAAUUAAGUUCUGGUGUCUGAAAGCUGGGUGCUUCGUCAGACCUGGUUUUGUAAUCUGCAAACCCCGGAUUCUGCACUGCAGGUCACAACCCCGGUUUGUGGGCGAGAAAGAACCCCCCGUUUGUUGAAUUCGGACAUCCUGCUGAACCUUUGCUUAGAUCAAAGACUUCCUUAAUUAGGAAUCUCAGCUCCAUGUGUGAUGGAAGGAGGAAUGGAACAGAACUGUGAGUCUGAGAAUGAAUCGGCCUCAUCAUCCCAGCUAUCGUUUGCCUCCCUUUACUGCAGGGGAAGAAAUGUCUUUCCAGCCACUUCUGCCCUAGUGUUAGUAAGCAGCAGAGUUGUGUGGGCUGAAAGGAGGGGUGUUUGGCCAGCGCCCCCUCCCCUUGAAAGCACGACUGUGCACGUGGGAGCUUGAAACUGAUGGCUGCUGUAGCUUGGGCAGUGGUGAGAAAUAAUGAAAACUCUGGUUCCAUCGUCAGCACUGCCAUCCUUUACUCUCCUGCCUUCUUGAUAGAAAUGACUGCUCUCUCAUACUCGUGGCAUUCCUCAGCUCUCCCGUGUGGGAUUCUUUAAUGUCUAAGAAGAUUAAAUUUAGUAAGAAAUGUUA